CUUUUAUCCUGGCCUGACAACGCAAAGAGAAAACCUGUCUUCUUGUGCGUACGUCCACUGUCAGCUCUGUGUGAACUAAAAGAGUCACUACAUUCACGUGAAGAGUACCCUCAACAGAAUAUUCAAUCUUGGAAACUCCGUUGAUUGAGGACAUUCAUACACAAUGGCUGAGAUAAAAGCACCAGACCCCCAAGACGAGUUGGCGACUGCCAUUCUUCGCUCCAAGGCCAAGCCCAAUCGUCUCCUCGUGGAGGAGGCAGUAAAUGACGACAAUUCUGUAGUGGCGUUGUCCCAGGAAAAAAUGGACGAGCUCCAGCUAUUCCGUGGAGACACCGUUCUCCUCAAGGGCAAAAGACGACGAGAGACUGUGUGCAUAGUGCUCUCUGAUGACACUGUCAACAAUGAGAAAAUGCGUAUGAACCGAGUUGUGAGGCAGAACCUGAGGGUGCGCCUCGGAGACAUUGUCAGUGUGACUGCAUUCCCUGAUGUCAAGUACGGGAAGAGGGUCCAUGUUCUGCCCAUUGACGACACUGUGGAGGGGAUCACUGGAAAUCUGUUUGAUGUAUUCCUAAAGCCCUACUUCCUGGAGGCCUACCGUCCAGUACACAAAGGAGACAUCUUCCUCGUUCGUGGAGGCAUGAGAGCUGUAGAGUUUAAGAUAGUUGAGACUGACCCGAGCCCUCACUGCAUUGUGGCCCCUGACACUGUGAUCCACUGCGAGGGAGAGCCCAUCAAGAGAGAAGAUGAAGAGGAGUCGCUCAACGAGGUCGGAUAUGACGACAUCGGUGGGUGCAGGAAGCAACUGGCUCAGAUCAAAGAGAUGGUAGAGCUCCCCCUACGUCACCCCCAGCUCUUCAAGGCCAUCGGUGUGAAGCCCCCUCGAGGUAUCCUCCUGUAUGGACCCCCUGGUACGGGUAAGACCCUCAUCGCUAGGGCAGUGGCCAAUGAGACAGGAGCUUUCUUCUUCCUUAUCAACGGGCCUGAGAUUAUGAGCAAGAUGGCCGGAGAGUCAGAGAGUAACCUCAGGAAAGCUUUUGAGGAGGCUGAGAAGAAUUCUCCUGCCAUUAUCUUCAUUGAUGAGUUGGAUGCCAUUGCUCCCAAGAGAGACAAGACCCAUGGUGAGGUGGAGCGUCGUAUUGUGUCCCAACUGUUAACCCUUAUGGACGGGCUCAAGCAGCGUAGUCAUGUGAUCAUCAUGGCGGCCACCAACAGACCCAACAGCAUCGACGGUGCUCUCAGGAGGUUCGGUCGCUUUGAUCGAGAGGUGGAUAUUGGAAUCCCUGACGCUACUGGUCGCCUUGAGAUCCUUCGUAUCCACACCAAGAACAUGAAGCUGGCCACUGAUGUAGAUCUGGAACAAGUGGCGGCUGAGACCCACGGCUAUGUCGGCUCUGAUGUUGCCUCUCUCUGCUCAGAGGCUGCCCUGCAACAGAUCCGUGAAAAGAUGGACCUGAUUGACCUGGAGGAUGACACCAUUGACGCUGAGGUCAUGGACUCCCUCGCUGUCUCCAUGGACAACUUUAGGUUUGCGAUGAACUCGACCAAUCCUUCAGCCCUGCGUGAGACGGUGGUUGAGAUACCCAAUGUAACCUGGAAUGAUAUCGGUGGAUUGGACGAGGUCAAGAGGGAGCUACAAGAGUUGGUGCAGUACCCUGUUGAGCACCCUGAGAAAUUCCUCCAGUUUGGUAUGACCCCCUCUAAGGGUGUUUUGUUCUAUGGUCCCCCAGGGUGUGGAAAGACUCUGCUGGCCAAGGCCAUUGCCAAUGAAUGUCAGGCCAACUUUAUCUCUAUCAAGGGACCUGAACUGCUGACUAUGUGGUUUGGGGAGAGUGAGGCUAAUGUGAGGGAUGUGUUUGACAAGGCCAGGGCAGCUGCUCCCUGCGUCCUCUUCUUUGAUGAGCUUGACUCUAUCGCCAAGUCCAGGGGAGGGAACGUUGGGGACGGAGGUGGUGCUGCCGACAGAGUGAUCAACCAGAUCCUGACAGAGAUGGAUGGAAUGAGUAGCAAGAAAAAUGUGUUCAUCAUUGGCGCUACGAAUCGUCCCGACAUUAUUGACCCUGCCAUUCUGAGACCAGGUAGACUGGACCAGCUGAUCUAUAUCCCUCUACCUGAUGAGGCUUCCAGGCUCUCUAUCCUCAAAGCGACCACACGUAAAUCACCUGUGGCUGAGGAUGUCGAUAUGGCUUACCUUUCAAAGAUUACCAAAGGAUUCAGUGGUGCUGAUCUGACUGAAGUGUGCCAGAGGGCUUGCAAGAUGGCUAUCAGGGAGUCCAUUGAGGCUGAGAUACGCAAAGAGAAGGAGUUCAGAGAAAACCCAGACAUUGAUAUGGAGGAGGAUGAGAGUGUGCCUGAGAUCAGGAAGGACCAUUUUGAGGAGGCCAUGAAGUUUGCCAGGAGGUCUGUCACUGACAACGACAUCAGGAAGUACGAGAUGUUUGCUCAAAAGCUGCAGACUAGCCGAGGCUUUGGCGGAAACUUUAGGUUCCCCCAGGCUCAAGCACCCCAAGGUGGGGCUGGAGGAGGAUCAGGAGGGGUUCCUCAGAUGGAUGAUGGCGAGGAUGACCUGUACAAUGCUUAGCUGAAGAACUUGCUGUGACCAUGUUAGGGAAACCAUUUAGCUUAUUGGCAUUAUUAUUAUUACAGCGUGAUUGCAGUAUCUGAUUUGUGUCUUGUUAAUGUUGGACAUAAAGAGACACUAGCUUGCUUGCUAAUUAUCAAAA